AUGGCGAUGACCAUGGCCUCGCCCGUGCUCACAGGCAAGUCCGCUCCUGUCACGUCGCCCAAUCCGGCCAAGAAUCCGCUGCCAGGGCUGCAAUUCGCCAUCUCUGCGCAGCGAGCACCCAGUCGUGAGCUGCGGCUGCCUUCGUUCUCCAGCAGUUCGUACGAGCUGGAGGGCACCAGAGUCGCCACUAGCAGCGCGGACGAAGAGGAAGUGGAACAGCCGGUAGUAGAGAAGACUCAGAGACGCAAGAAGGGCACGCGUAGAGGCACACUCCACCCAGAAGCCAAGAAUGUGCUCAAGGCCUGGAUGUUUUCACCCGAACACUUCGCGCACCCAUACCCAAGUGAGGAGGAGAAGGAGGAAUUAGCCAAUGAGGCUGGUAUCGAGGUGAAACAGCUCUCGAACUGGUUCACAAACGCCCGUAAGCGCCUCUGGCAGCCUGUACUGCGCCAAUCUGGAGUUGAAGUCAAGAACUUCCUCUCAACUGGACGCGGCGGCCCACGCGGCAACAAGCUGGACGUGCCUGCCAACCUCCACCAGCUGGUGUCGACGUCUCCAGGACCGAGUCCAUCGAGUUCGCCUCGUAAGCGCUCGUGGUCGGCCACGUCGCCUUCCACAUCAUCCACAGCCUCCUCUGAGGAAUCUAAGCGCAGGAAGAACUCUGCAGCUCGCAAGCGCUCAAAGAACAACAGCGAGAAUGCAGUGCCACAGCUUCAAGACCUCGAGCUGCUGGCGGCCACGUCACUACUGGGACUGCAGCACUUGACGCAGUCGGUGCAUUAACCGCGACAGGCAUCGUUUGAUAUUUAUUUUACUCAUAUGUAGGCAGUUCAAGCGGAAGUACAGUUAGAAAAAAAAA